AAUUUAAAAUGGAGACUGAUCUAGAUGUCGUAUCCAUUGCGCAUGCGAUGUCAUUUUGGCACGGGGAUGACGUCACGAAAGAGACGCUCUUAAAACCCACCGCAUUCUACAUUCGGGCUGCCAUGCAACGACAAGUAGGGGCGCUGACGCUGGUUCACAAGCCUUUGGUGUUUAACGACGUUCUCACAUCCCAAGAUGAAGUCGCAAAAUGCGGAAAUGUCUUCCACAGCUCAAGCGAUAACUUCCGGUCGCAGAUGGCGUUCUGUAUUUCUAUACAGUGCAGGUUUGCGCUUUCAAAAACAACAUUAUCAAGUAGGCUAAUGCCCCCAUCAAGCAAGAGAUGAUACUAGCGGUCAUGCGGAUAAGUACCGACGGAAAAAACGGACGCCGAGUUGAAGGCCGGUCAAUAUGUGUGGGUGUGAGCGUACACAACGUACAAUGAUUGCAGGAUCUCGGAAAAUAGAUUGUAUUUAGUGGAGCACUCAUCAUGACGACUUGAGAAUAUUGUGUAACGACUAUUCAACGAUAACAAUAGGUAUUUCGUGCAUUUGUGUGCUGUUUUAUUAACUUCCGUAAUCGUAUAUUUCUAGCCGACGGUAAGAGGAAUCGCGAUCCUGAUAGUAUUUCUGAAGUUUCGUUUGUUGCUAUGUUUGUAAUGUAAGUGUUUGCAUUAAAGAUCUUGGUCAUAAUUUCAGCUGGAUGUUAAUUUAUUGUAUUACCUAUACUAUUCAUUAUUAUCGUGUUAUAUAACCAACGCCAUGUGUAUUUAUACAUGUUUUUUUUAACUCAUCACCACAUAGUAAUGCAUGUUUUUUCUAAAACACCAAGCAAGGUAAGCUUUGUGUACAAUAAUUAUUCAACAAUAAAGAGAAUGCCGUAU